AGACAGUGAAUACAAGAGUAGUCUCAAAAAGAAGAGGAUACUUUUGACUAUGAGGGAUUAUGAUGAGACCAUAGCUUUUCUGGGUCAAUGGGGACGGUUUCAGAAAGUUAUCUUCUUCCUGCUCUGUGCCAGCAUCAUGCCCAAUGGAUUUGGCUCUUUCACCCUCGUCUUCCUGAUGGAUGUACAGAGUCACCACUGCCAGGUAGUUGACGUCAACCUCACCGAGGACUGGCAUAAAAGCACCAUCCCAAUAAUGGUGGUGAAUGAGAAAGAGGAGCUGAGCAGAUGCAGCAGAUACAGGCUGGAUGUGGUCAGAAAUCUCUCUGCUCAGGGAUACAUUCCUGGCAGGGAUGUCAACCUCACAGACCUGGAGCAGGAGGACUGUGUGGACGGGUGGAGCUACAGCACAGACAUCUACCAAUCCACCAUAGUCUCUGAGUUUGACCUGGUGUGCAGUGAGCAGUGGAAGCAGCCAUUGACCUCCACAGUUUACUUCCUGGGAGUUCUUGUUGGAUCCUUCUUUUCAGGGCAGCUCUCUGACAGAUUCGGAAGGAAACCAAUUCUUUUCGCAACCACAGCAGUCCAGACUGUUUUUACCUUUGCUCAAGUCUUCUCUGUUUCAUGGACUAUGUUCAUCAUCCUCCUCUUCUUUAAUGGUUUGGGGCAAAUAUCCAACUUUGUAGCUGCUUUGGUGCUGGGAGCUGAGACCUUUACUGGCAAUGUGCGAGUCCUUUACUCAUCUCUAGGCACAUGUUUAGGCUAUGCUGCUGGCUACAUGCUGCUGCCUCUUUGCGCUUACUAUUUAAGGGACUGGAAAUCUCUCCUGUUGGCUUCGUCUGCGCCUGGCCUGGCCUACCUCCCCCUCUGGUGGUUCAUCCCAGAGUCCCCUCGGUGGCUGCUCUCUCAGGGAAGAGCAGAGGAGGCUGAAGUCAUAUUGAGAAAGGCUGCUAAGUGGAACAAAGUUCAGGCUCCUAGGGUCAUCUUUGAAGAUUAUAGUAUUAAUAAGGCAAAUACACACCUGAAGGUACACCACAACGUCUUCGAUCUGCUGAGGAAGCGCGACAUCAGAACCACAACCCUCAUUCUCUGUUUGGUGUCGUUUACCACGACUAUUGGGUACUAUGGCCUGUCCUUCAGCACAUCCCAGCUCCAUUCUGACCCCUACAUCAGCUGUUUCAUCUCAGCAGCUGUGGAGAUCCCAGCGUACAUUUCCAGCUGGCUGGCCCUGCGAUAUUUUCCACGACGUCUGUCUAUCACCAGCACCUUGCUCCUUGGAGCAGUGUCACUGUACCUCAUUCAACUGUUGCCUCAAGAUCUACCAAACCUGCCUCUUACACUGAAGAUGUUGGGUAAAUACGCUAUUACCACGUGUUGCUCCAUGAUGUUCGCCUUCACAGCGGAGCUGUACCCAACAGUGCUCAGGAACACAGCAACAGGGACAUGCACUACUGUUUCAAGAUUGGGGUGCUGCCUUACACCAUUAUUGUUAAAGCUGAGUCUAUACUCUAAAUACCUUCCUUAUAUAAUUCUGGGGACUCUGGCUGUUGUUUCUGCUUUUGCUGCUCUAUUCCUUCCAGAGAGUUUUGGGCGCCCUCUACCGGAAACUAUUCAACAGAUGCACAAAAGAGAAAGGAUAACCUUUCGAUGCAUCAGUAGAAAAGAAACCUCGGUACCCACAGAACACCUGGACAGUCCACUAUGAUUAUUUGUUUACAGUU